CGCUGCUACUGCAGGUCCCGCUGCUGAGCGAGAACCCAGGUUGCUUGCCACGCGAUGCCACAAGGUCAACAUCAAGGAGGUUGGGAGAUGCUUUGACUAAGGGCGACUUGAAGCACAAGAUGUUCAACAAGGUGUCCAUGGAUGCAGGGAGAAUCAGGACUCACCUAUCCCACCUGUCCAGUGUCCUUUGAGGAAUUGUCAGUGGACUUCACCUGGGAGGAGUGGAAGGCCCUCGAUGACUCUCAGAGAAACCUCUACAAGGAUGUGAUGCUGGAGACCUGCAGCAGCCUUGUGUCCUUGGGACAUAGCAUUAUUAAACCUGAGAGGAUCUUCAAGUUGGAGCAAGGAUCUGGGCCAUGGAUGGCAAAGGAAGCCCCACACCAGCACCUCCCAGAUGUCCAUAAAGUGAAUGACCAGGUUGGGGCCAGCCAAGAUCACAAAGUGAAACAUCCUUGGCAAGUUGUCACAGCCAAUGGCAGCAGAUCAAUAGAGGAGAGGUGUGAAUCAAGAAGAACACAUGAAGUGAGCCCACUCCAUAUUCCAGCUCUGACUGCACAGAGUGGAAGUUCUUCAAGGACCAAGUCUGAGGACUUUCACAGAUGGAAAAAUGAGCUUCUCCACAGUGAGCAAGGUGAUGUACAGGCAGGAGAGAGGCCUAAUGACCCUAAGGCAACUAGGAAGCCCCUCAGAUGUGCUGAGCAUAUUAGUCCAGAGACCAAAGUCCAGAGUGUGCAGGGCCAUUGCCAGCAUUAUGGACAGAGGAGAGCCUUGAUUAUGAGGACAGUACUGUCAACACAGAAGAGAUUUCAUAUGGAAAACUCUGCCAGCUCUGGCCAUGAAUGUGUGAGACUCCUUGGUAAGGCAUUGCCUAUUGUUCAAGGGUUGAGUCAAGUGAAGGAAAAGAGUUUUGAUAAUGAUGUGUGUGGGGAGACAUUUUGUAAAGCGUCUGACCUCACUGAGCAUAAAACCAUACACAGUGGACGGCAGAAUAACGAAUGCAGUGGUCGUGACAGGCCUGUCAUUAAGAGGCUGUGCCUUUUAGACCAUCAGAGAACAGAUGCAAGACAGAAGCCAUGUGGCCAUGAUGAGUCUGAGGACGUCAGUCAGAAGACACAGGUGAGCAUGCGUCAGGGAAUCCAUGGGGGAGAACAGCCCUGUGGAGCAUAUGAAAGUGAACAAAGUUUUAACCAGAAGGAAAAACUCAAAAGGCAUCAAAGAACCUACACAGGUGAGAAGCCACAUGCAUGCAAAGUUUGUGGUAAGACGUUCAACUAUAAAUCACAGCUCACUGCACAUCAGAGAACCCACAUGGGUGACAAGCCGCACGCAUGUGAAGAAUGUGGGAAGACCUUCUCCUGUAAAUCACAGCUCACUGCACAUCAGAGAACCCACACGGGUGACAAGCCCUAUGCAUGUGAAGAGUGCGGGAAGACAUUUAACCAAAAGUCAAACCUCAGGGUACACCAGAGAACCCACACAGGUGAGAAGCCAUACAGAUGCAGUGUGUGUGUGAAAACCUUUUACUGUAAGUCACAUCUCACCAGACAUCAGGGAAUCCACUCGGGUAAGAAGCCCUAUGAAUGUAAAGAAUGCAGGAAGUCCUUCUACUGUAAGCCACACCUCACUGUGCAUCAGAGAAUUCUUACAGGUGACAAGCCCUACACAUGUGAAGAGUGUGGAAAGACAUUCAACCAGAACUCAAACCUCAGGGUGCACCAGAGAACACACACGGGUGAGAAGCCCUUUGAAUGUGAUGUAUGUCAGAAGGCCUUUUACCAUAAGUCACACCUCCAAAGGCAUCAGGGAACUCACAGGUGAGAAGCCCCACGCACGUAAACCUUGCAGGGAAUUCCUCCAGAUGUCUUCCUUCACUGUACAUCAGAGAACUCACAUGGGAGAAUGCUGUGGAUCUGAGAAUACAGCUCUUACAGAAGCCCGCUCACCAGGCAACAUAAUGAGGACACACCUGUAAGAGUAUGGGAGACGAUGUCAUGGAAGGGUGCAGAAGAGCAGGUAUCAGGAAGCAACCAGAGCCCCAUGCAGUGGAGAUACACUGUGUUCUCCAACAGCCGUGCUCGGCUCUGGGAAUCACAGCAGUCAUGUAACUGCUGCCAGCCUAGCCCCUUCGAAGCCUCCCAUUCUGUUUUUCCCUGGGUUUACAUGAGCUAUGGUUCUAAAGCAGCCAUCACCACAGGUCAUGGUCACUAUGAUUAGAGAGCAUAGGUCUCCCUGCUUUUCUCCCAGAAUUUCCUGUUUUCAGUUUCCAUGAGUGAACCAGGCUGAACCUCUCCACACGAUAUCUGCAUCACAGUACUGAUCAUUUAGCCUACUUCAUGUCACAAGCUCUGAGAACUCAAAUCUUCUUUUAUACUGCAGAGCUCACACAGGAGAGAGACCUGUGCUGUCACCCUUUAUUCUCAAGUCAUUUCAUUAAAAGUAAAAGCAAUCAUGGCAAAAUGACAAGAAAUUGUGAAUGCCUUAUCAGGUGUAGACAUUUAAUUGGACAGUUUGAAUAAAGUAAAUUUUCUUAAGUUUC